AUGGGCUCUUUGUGACCGACUACUUCACCCGCACACCACGCAAGCUCAGCCCCUUCCGCUCCUUUGCCAGCAUCGAGCUCUUCCACUUCCACAUCCCUGAGGACACAGUCAUCGCCGUCUGGAACCUUAUCACCUUCAAGGAGCAGGGUGGCACGUUUGGGGACCAAUGCCCAGACCGCAGCAUCACCGUGUAUUUCCGCUCAGGGGCUCCCUCCGUCAUUAACCCCCUGCACACGCACUUCCCCAGGGACACGGCUGUCCCUGGCUCCUUUGCACUGACACUCACCUGGACUCUUCCCAACCGCACCACGGGGGUGUUCAAUGUCACCAGCCCACUGCCCGGGGACUGGUUCCUGGCUGCCCACCUGCCCAAAGAUGAGGGCAAGAUCUCCGUCAAGGGACUCUACGAGGAGUGCCAGUAUCUCUUCCAGCCACAGCUCAUCGUGCAGCGCCUGGUGAACAUUGCCGUGCUGUACCCUGGUUUUGUCACCGAGCAGAGCACACCCCCCCCUGCCUCUACAAGUGAGGUGUUUGUGCCCAGCUACACGUCACGAGUGCUGGUGGAGGUGCUGCGGUGCCGUGGGGCUGAGGGCUGCCCGCUCUGGCUGCGUGUGCGGGCCAAGGCUCCUCCCUUGCACAACUCCACAGCGCUGGACUGCCAGGAGCACACUCCCUGCCAGCUGGCACUGGACCUGCCCUUCUGGCAGCACUGGUACUAUGUGCUGGUGGAAAAACACCCCGGGGUGCCGGGCACUGUCUCCUUCCAGGUCAUCGUGCAGCUCACAGGGCCGGUCCGCCCAACACUGCGCAACGAGCUGGACACCUUCUCCGUCCACUUCUACAUCUUCUUUGGGCCCAACGUGUCGGUGCCGCCCGACCGCCCUGCUGUCUUCGUCAUCAACCUCCUACCAGUGCUGGACAGUGGCGGGGGGGUCAACUUGGAGCUGCGGCUCAACGUGAGCUCCCUGUGUGGUGAGAAUGUGACAGUGUUUGGGUGUCUGAACCAUGAAGUCCCACUGACGUCUGGCGACAACGCAUCGGUCACCUGUGAGACAGAUUCCCUGGCAGGCUUCCUGCUCUCUGUCAACGCCACGGCCAGCCUCAGCCGCCUGCGGAUCCCCUACCCCCAGACAGGCAGCUGGUACCUGAGCCUGCGCUCGCUCUGUGCCACCGAGCACGGGUUCGAGCCUUGCACCAACGUGACGGCUGAGGUGUACUUGCGCGCUUACCUCUCACCCUGCAUCAACGACUGCGGCAUCUACGGACAGUGCAAGCUGCUGCGCACCAACAACUACCUGUACGCUGCCUGCGAGUGCAAAGCUGGUGAGAGCUUCCUCGGGCACCCACGGUGCUCACUGCACCCAGGGACCCCCCUGCUAUCCUCCACUCCUCCCUGGGGGCUGUGCNNNNGCAAUGUCAUGUUCGUGCCCCCCGUGGCCUUUGCUGUCCCCAGCCACUACCUCCUGGAAGCUGCCGUCUACAUCUUCACCAUGUUCUUCUCCACUUUUUACCAUGCCUGUGACCAGCCGGGCAUCGUGGUAUUUUGCAUCAUGGAGUACGAUGUGCUGCAGUUCUGUGACUUCCUGGGCUCCCUCAUGUCUGUCUGGGUCACCGUCAUUGCCAUGGCCCGGGGCGGGGGCCCGCCCCCCCGCCGCAAGGGCUGUGGCUACCAGCUCUGCGUCAACGAACAGGAGGAGCUGGGGCUCGUCGACCCAGCCGUGGCCUCCAUCAACAGCAUUUGUACCAGCUGA